AUGGCUAAGCGUGGUGCGUUACGGGACUGGAGAGUACCGAUAAGCGUGCGGCGGUUAUUUGCGGUGUGCGCGUGGGCAUGCGCGCUGGUCGUGGCCGUCGGGGCGGAUGCUCACGCUGACGUCGACACAUCUACUGGCCUUGGCGAUAACACCUUAACAAACUCUGUCAUUGAAGAACCAGAAUUUACGGACGUGAUUCAGAAUGUAACAGUGCCUGCCGGUCGAAGCGUUCGCCUUGCUUGCUCUGUGAAGAACCUUGGCUCUUAUAAGGUGGCUUGGAUGCAUUUUGAGCAGUCUGCCAUUUUAACAGUCCACAACCACGUAAUCACGCGUAAUCCGCGAGUAAGUGUGACCCAUGAUAAGCACCGUACUUGGUUUUUACACAUAUCCGACGUGCGAGAGGAAGACAGAGGGCGCUACAUGUGCCAGAUUAACACUGUCACGGCAAAAACACAGUUCGGAUAUCUGCACGUUGUAGUGCCUCCGUCAAUCGACGACUCGUUGAGCUCAAGCGACGUUAUCGUCCGAGAGGGCGCGAACGUCACUCUGACGUGCCGCGCUAAUGGCUCUCCUAAGCCUACCAUUAAGUGGAAACGAGAUGACAAUUCGAAAAUUUCUAUUAGUAAAGGACACUCAGUGUCUGAAUGGGAAGGCGAAGUACUGGAAAUGGCACGAAUCUCGCGACUGGAUAUGGGGGCGUAUUUGUGUAUUGCCAGCAACGGAGUGCCGCCUACUGUUUCAAAAAGAGUCAAAGUUAGCGUUGACUUCCCUCCAAUGCUCUGGAUACCACAUCAACUGGUCGGUGCACCCCUCUAUUAUAACGUCACAUUAGAAUGUUUCACUGAGGCUCAUCCUACUUCCCUUAACUAUUGGACUCGAGAUGAUGGUCAUAUGAUACACGAGAGCCCUAAAUACCAUAUGGAAAAUACCGUAGGAGUUCCGGCCUAUAAAACUCAUAUGAAAUUGCUUAUAAGACACAUUGAAACUGAAGAUUAUGGAACAUAUAAGUGCGUAGCAAAAAAUCCAAGAGGAGAGUCCGAUGGAACUAUAAGAUUAUACACUUCUUCACCACCAACUACUACGCCAGAUCCAAGGGCGAUAACUCUACCUCCACCGUCGCGACCUCCUCGGCGCGAUACGCCACUAGUAGAUAAAGGAACGAAGUAUCAAUCGAACUUGAACGAGAUCGAUAAGGGGAAGCAAAAGUCUGACGAGGGUGGCGGGAAGACGCAUCUCAACUGGGUGGGUGGUGCAUCGCAGGUCACAGAUAAAGCGUACUGCAGCAGAAGCCAUCCAUGGAUUUUAUGUAUAAUCUAUAUAUCAUUGUAUGUUUUACAAUUGUUU